UUUACUGUUUUCCUCAUCAAAAUAUUCUUCAAUUGCUGAGUAAUUUUUACACUUACAAGCUAAUAUUAUAAAAAUUAAUCUAAUGGAGAAACGUUCCACAUCUGCAAUGCAGGUUCUCUAUGCAGAACUGGCAGCUGCAAAGUCACGAAAUGCCCAACUGGAGGAGGAGAACAUUUUACUGCGCCAUCGCCUGAAUCGCGCGUCUGCCAGCCAUAGUACCAAUGCAGCCAUUAAUGUGGAGGCCAAGAUCAUGGCCUUCCAGUUAGAAGAGGAGCGUGAUCAACUGGUAGAGACAGUGCAGCAGCACAAGAAGAAGUACAACAAGUUGCAUGAUGCCUACUUGGAGAAGGUUAAACGGUGUCGUGCCUUGGAGGAAAUGUUUAAAAGGCAGAAGACACUGACUGGCUUGGUGAUGAAAUCCUCUCUAGAUCAGCGACAUGCUGAGCAACGAAUGAUGUUAGAGAAGCGUCAGUCAGCCCAGAGUGAUCCCAAUGAGCUAGAAGACCUAAAAACCAAAGUGGAGAAACUGCAAAGGGCCUUGGAUGAGUCAUACGAUAUUAUCGAUGAAAUGGACUUUGAACUUGAGAGUGUAGAAUUACUGGAAAUGCAAAACCAAAGUUUGAGGGAUGAAUUGGCUGCCUUAAAGGCAAACUCAGAAGCAGGAGCAGUAAGCCUUGCAGCUUCAGUUCCAAACGAUGAUGAUCCUCCGCCUAAGUAUGAGGAGGGUUAUCCUGGAGCCCAUCACAAAGCGGUGCUAUCUCGUCAAAGCUCUUCAAGCAGUGAAUCCGGCCCACAGGUUGACGAUCACGAUGCGGAAACUAUGGAAAGAGCUGUUCUAACCCAUAGUCUUAUUCAAACUGUGGAAACUGAGAGUAAUGCUCUGAGACGAGAACUACUAAGAUCCCGCUGCCAAAGAACAAUACGUGCCAAGUUGGAAAAAGAAAGUGAGGAUGCUGAUUAAAACAAAUUAUUGGCUUAACCCCAUAAGUUAAAUCGCAAAACACCUACAAAUAAACUACUAACCCAUAGAUUGUAAUGAAAAGUAACCAUACCUAGGCUGAUGAAACUGAUCACUAACUUUACGCAAAGCUGCCACAUUGAAGACCCCGUUAGCUGUCUAGUUAGUCCGCUGGAAUAACCCAGAUUUAGACCCAACUACGCCUAACAAGUGCGCAUACCAGAGAUUGCUUUUAAGGUUCGACAAACACGCUCUGCGGCUGCGUUAAAUCAAAAACUUUUGAGAUAGAGUAACCUGGUUUUUCGGCCUGAGCGAUUAAUUAAAAUUUUUGUUAAUGGCAUCGAACGGGUUGUGUGCCAGAUCACUAGCCAAAAGGAUUUGGCCUCUGAGCCAUGAAGGUUCCAACCCCCAAUCCCCUAUUUCAUCUUCCAUCUUCGAUCUGAGUGGCGUGCUAUCCAUUAAAACAUGACAAUUAUUUUUAUGACUUAAUGCAGUCGGAGGCCUUGUUGCCCAAUGCCUAAUGUUGCAAAUUAUUGACAAAGUAAAUUAAUCUGCACAUUUGUUGGUUAGACCAGACAAACUAGCGCGACACCUCUAAGAUCACUAGGCUCUCCCACUUGCGGCAUAUUCGUUUGGGUGGUUAUCGAUUGGCUGCAGUUGGAGAAAACUUAUAAAACCAAAAACAUCAUGAAUUUAUAACCUAAUAUUAUAAUUUUCUGUAUUAUUAUCAUAUAAGAAAGAAAUACAUCGAUUUUGAAAACUUAAAAAAUAA